AUGGUACAAGAAGGCUAUCUCAGCGAGCAACAACAGAAACCAUACACCUCAAGAGGAGCCUCCCACCUUCUUUACCUGUUCCUCUUUCCUAGGCACAACAGCUGGGAACCUGAAGAGAACAUUCUUGACCCCAGGCUUCUUUUGGCUUUUCAGAAGAAGGAACAUGAGAAAGAGGUGCAAAAUCGGAAGAGGGGCAAGCGACCAAGAGGAAGACCUAGGAAAAACAUUGAACCUGAGGUGCCCUCAAAGAGCAAAUCCAGCAGUUCUUCCUCCUCAACGUCCUCCUCCUCUUCCUCUUCUGAAGAGGAGGAUGAAAGUGACCUUGAGGCAAAGAGAGCCCAGCGGAGCAGAGAGAGUCACCCGGUGCCUCAAAAGAAAGCUCAGAUUCUUGUGGCCAAACCUGAGAACAAGGAGCCCGCGAGGAAGAAGCGCGGGCGCAAACCAUUGCCUCCAGAGCAGAAGGCAGCAAAGAAGACCGUCAACCUGACCAAGGUGCUUAAAACGAACCGGAAGGACAUGGGAGCAGGAGGGGGACCCAAACUGAUCAGCAAGAUGCAGCUGCCGCCGCACAGCGCUCAGAGUUCCGGCAUUGCCAUGCUUAAAUCCCACAUGAAGGAAGCCCAAGGUGCGUUGGGUGGCUUCUGUUCCGGAACGCCUGCCACUGAGAAGCUCUCUGGCAUUGUGAAGAGCACCUCGCCUGGAAGCCCAAACUGUGGCAUCAGCUGGCAAAGCUCCAUUGUGCAUUAUAUGAACAGGAUGUCCCAGAGCCAAAACUCAGCAGAUGCCUCCCCUGUGGGAAGGCUGGCUGUCAACAGUGGCCUAGGGCUGGACUUGAAACUGAAAAACCAGAAAGGGGCUGGGGAUCUGGAGUUGACCAUGCAGGGGUCCAAAGUGACUAAGAGGCCCAGCGGCAGUGCAUUGGGGGAACAGAAGACAGGGUACGGGGUCGGUGCUCAGAAUUUGCACAAUGGCAAUAAAGUUCCUGCUGGCUCUCCCAGCAGCCAGCCAGCCUCCAAUCAGGAGAUCAAUCUCCAAGCUUUAAACCUGCAGAGCGUGAAAAACGGGCCGAGCUCCACUAGCAGCAGCAGCCUUUCUCGCCACAGCUGUGGGACUGUAGCCAAAAGCGGCGGCGGCGGCAGUCUAGCAACAAGCAUAGGUGCAGCCAAAGGGAGUGGGGCUGGUGGUGGGAGUCCAAAUGCUGCCACUGCAGGGUCAGUGUUGAUGGACCCAGAAACUCGCAAGAGUGAGAAGUCAGGGGUGCAAAGAACAGCCACUGACAAGAGAGAUCCAACCACAAAAGGCCCAUGUGCCCAGGAAGGAUGUCCUGCCGCAGAAAAUCACAAGACUUCAGCUCUCUCAGAGGUCAGCACCGGAGAGGAGGAGACGAGCUCUGACUCCGAUAGAGACUCUGCUUCUUUCCCCGGAGGAGGCCAGAACAUGUCUGUCUCCAUCCAGACUAGCCAAGACUGGAAGCCCACUCGCAGCCUCAUUGAACAUGUCUUCGUCACAGAUGUGACUGCUAAUCUGAUCACAGUCACUGUCAAAGAAUCUCCAACCAGUGUUGGCUUUUUUAAUCUCAGACAUUACUGAGCUCUGAGCCAUGCAAGGGAAAUAUUUCCCCUCUCAGUCUGGCUCAACUGGCUCUACCUGAUGGUUGAUUCAGAUGCCAGAAAAAGGGGUGG